AUGCUUUUGUUAUUUGUUUUUUUUUCGGUUUUAUCAAUAGACCCACCAUCAUUUCAUAAUAGAAAUUAUAAUAUUAAUCAUACCUAUAAUCAAGAUAUUAAUUUAUUGGAUUACAGUCAUUCAUUUAGAUCUAGUGAAUAUUUUCAAUGCACAAUUACUAUUAAUGAAGUUAGAUUCACAAAUAACAACGCAUUUGGGUCAACUAUUUCGUCGGCUAGUGGUGGAGCACUAUAUGCAUCACAUUCACAAAUUGCAGCUGUAGCACAUCGAUCUACAUUUUCCUCGUUUGAAAGCAAUUAUGCCUCAAUUGGAGGUGCUGUAUGUUUCAUUGCUUGCAAAGCUUUCUUUAAUUAUAUUAAAUUCACUGAAAACAAUGCUCUUAAAUUUGCAGGAGCAUUUUAUUUCCAAGGUAUCACCGAAUAUAGUGGUAUUAUUAGUUCAGAGCAAUUUCUUUUACUCGAUUCAUGCUAUUUUGAGAACAAUACAGCCCAUGAUGUUGGUGGUGCUCUUUGUUUCUCUAAUGCUGCCAAUAGUGAGAUUGAUGAUUCAAUAUUCUCUAAUAACACCGCUGCAAUAGGUGGUGGGGUAAUUUACAGUAUCCAAACAGAUCUCCUAAUUUUCCGAUCCUACUUCUCAACAAAUAUAGUUAAUGAUCGUCAGAGAAAUCUAAAUUUUCGAUAUGUUAUUAAUAAUGUUUCACCAUCAGCCACAGGAUCAUCAAGGUUUAGUGCACGCGGAGGUGGAGCUAUUCUCUUUACCGCAAUUGAGUCAGAAAGACCUCUUAUCUUAGAAACUAAAUUAUGCUGUUUCUCUAAUAAUAUGGCUAUGACAGGUGAUACAUUUAAUCCGACCGAUGCUAAUGUGGGUGAUAACGUUCUCUUAGAUGGUCAUGUUAGUUACUUUUCAAAUAAAGAUAGUAUGAAUAUAAACAAAAUUGCAAGAAACUCGCGGGAAUUAUCUAUUUUCUAUAACUAUGAUCGUGAUUCUCCAAAUUCCGCUUGCAUGUAUGAUGAUUCAGAGCUAAGACUUCAUACACCACAUAAUUAUGCAUCAAAUAGCAAUACUGAAGAUUAUAAAUCCACUUAUUUUGUUCCUUCUCCUACAAAAUUUAUUACUCAUCCAGCGCAGUAUACAAAACAUCAUCACAUAACAACUAUUUUUAAAUCUUUAAUUUUGGUUUCAAGAAUAAGACCAAAUCCACCUCCCACAAUUUCAACUCCAAGUCCGCCAACCCCGGAGAGAACACCAGCCCCAAUUAUUACGCCUGGUAAAGGCCAACGUGGAAUUCAAACAGUUACUAAAAUAGAGACAUACACAAGCACUACAACAACUAAAAUAAACACAAUUGUUAUCUCAUAUGACCCAGAAAAUCGACCUAUUUAUACCACAACAGAAAUUACUGGCGAGUUCACUAUUGUCACUGUUGUUGUUAUAGAAUCCAAUGUUUAUUUGGCCAUUGAAGAAACUCCAACUUCACCAAAGAAUAAUACUACAUACAUCAUUAUUGGAGUUGUUGCAGGCAUUAUUCUACUUCUUGCCGCUGCUUUACUUAUUUGGUUUAUUGCUGUAAAGAAGAGAAAAGAUGAUGAAGACUCAAAUUCUAUUGAAAUGGUAGAAGAAACAGUUACAAUAGCACCAACAACUUCAAACACUGUUACUAAUGAUAAUCCAUUGUGGACCACAAGCAUCGCUGGCGAAAAUGAUGACCCAUUCAGGAAAGACUUCGAAGAAGAAGGCGUUGAAGGAUUCUUUGAAGUGAACGAUGCCAAGGAAUUAGAAUAA